UGAGUCCAGAUAGUGAUCCCACAGCCUGAUUCUUUUGUUAAAAGUUGUCCACUGCAAUCUUAAGAGUCAAAAUGAGAAUAAAACAGACAAGUGUGUAUCAGCAAACUCAAGCUCUUCUGUGUAAGAAUUUUCUUAAGAAAUGGAGGAUGAAAAGAGAGAGUGCAUUGGAAUGGGGCCUCCCAAUACUGCUAGGACUGUAUGUGGGUCUGCUUUCAGAAGUCAAAGAAAAUAACCAAUUACCUGAAAUACCUCCUCAAGAUCUGGGAAGGGUAGACAAAUUUAAUGUCUCUUCUAUAAUGAUUGUGUAUACUCCAGUCUCUAAUAUAACUCAGCAGAUAAUGAAUACAACAGCAUUUGCUCCCUUAAUGAAAGGAACAAGAAUCAUUGGGGUACCAAAUGAAAAAGACAUGGAUGACGUAAUUUUCCAGAAUUUCCCACAUGCAGUGGGAAUCACCUUUAGUGACACUUUCUCUUACAAGUUAAAAUUUUUUCAAGGAUAUGCUGUUCCAUUUUUGAGAGAUGAUUUAACAGGUCAUUGUUGGGAAAUAUAUGGUGAAUAUUCAUGUGUAUUGUCCAAAUACUGGGAAAGAGGAUUUGUGACUUUGCAGACUAUCAUUAAUGCUGCUAUUAUAGAAGUCACAACAAAUCACUCUGUGAUAGAUGAGUUGAUGUCAGUCACUGCUAUAAAUAUGAAGACAUUACCUUUUAUUUCUAAAGACAUUUUUCAAAGUGAGAUGUUCAUUUUAUACUGUUUGCUUUAUUUUUCCCCAUUUAUAUAUUUUGUAUCACACAAUGUUACAAAAGAGAGGAAAAAGAGUAAGGAACUGAUGAAAAUGAUGGGUCUACAUGAUUCAGCUUUCUGGUUGUCCUGGGGUUUAAUGUAUACUGCAUUCAUCUUGGUCCUUUCCAUAGUCAUUACAAUUAUCAUAACAUCCACCCAAGUUAUACUCAUGACUGGCUUUAUGGUCAUAUUUACACUCUUAUUCUUAUAUGGCUUGUCUUUGGUAAGUUCAUAUGUUUAUUCACACUGUCUCCCUUUGAGUUCUUAG